UACUGAGAGCAUCGGAAUUAUUAUUAUUAUUAUUAUUAUUAUUAUUAUUAUAUUAUCAUAAGCGCUAAAUCCACGAAGGUGAAGCAGCUCGGGUUAGGUUAGGUAAGAUUCUUCAAGAGACAUGACAAAGUGUUUCCUGAGCGCAACACCUGUGGGUGGGUGUGUUAGCACGUUUGUGUCAUUAAGCAGAAUUUGUGUCGUUGCAGGAUGGGUGGGAGCGACGAGUCGUGGAUCUCCUGGCGGUGAGUGACGCCUGGGUGCCGCCAUGGCGGCAGCGGCGGCGGCGCCAGCGGCACAUCCUCUGGCGGUGCGGGCCGUCCGCCUCUACCUGCUUCUCAGCGGCCUGCAUUUGGUCCUCGGGGGUUCCCUGCUGCCGGAGGCGGGCGGCAGGUCGCGCCCUCCUCAGGAACCCUCGGAGGAAGCGCAGUGGGACCGCAGCGCCGGGACGCUGGCCUACAACGUGACGCGCGCAGUGGUGGCGCAGUUCACGCCCGCCAACAACACCCACGGACUCACACAUCUGGCACUGGACUCCGAAACUGACGAUGUAUACCUGGGUGCUGUCAACCGUCUGUACCAGCUGGACGGUGGUACCUUCCACCCGCUGCAUCAGGUGGUGACGGGUCCCCGGCAGGACUCCCCCUCCUGUCACGCCUCUGGCUGCGGCGACCACGUUAUCAAAGUCCCCACAGACAACUACAAUAAGCUGCUAGUUGUGGCACCAUCUGUAAGUGCCGUGAUAGCCUGCGGGUCGGUAUCCCAGGGCGCAUGCGACAAGUAUCGUCUGGGAAACCUCUCUGUGCAUCUGAACUACAUCCCUAAGUCCGUAGCAGCCAAUCACCCGGAAGCCUCUACGUUUGCUUUCGUGGGGCCUGAGAGGUACAAUCCCUGGAGAGGAUCGGAGGUGCUGUACGUAGGUACUACCUUCACCACCGUAGGUGACUAUCGUCAUGACGUUCCUGCCAUCUCCACCAGAAACCUCGUUGACUUAGACUACGCAGAGUUUUCUUUUGCUAAGCAGUCACUUCUUCGUAUAGAUGUUAAGUUACGAGACCACUUCCUGGUUCAGUAUGUCUUCGGUUUUACCGCCACCAACUACGUGUAUUUCCUGACGGUGCAGAAGAAGUCCCACCUGCCAGGGCAGGAGGAAUCUGGCUACGUGAGUCGCAUCUCCAGAGCCUGCAUCUCCGACGCCAACUAUGAUUCCUACACGGAAAUCACGCUUGAGUGCCAGGGUGGCGACGGGGCCAACUAUAACCUGGUGCAGGAUGCUAAACUGGUCAGUGUGGGCAGUGAUCUGGCUACCAGCAUGGGCAUGACUGAAGGAAAUCCGCUUUUGGUCGGGGUCUUCGCCCCCUCUCAGGGGCACACUGCUAGCCCAAAGAAAGCCUCUGCUGUCUGCGUCUACUCCGUGCACGACAUCGAGGCCAAAUUUAAUGAGAACAUCCACAUGUGCUUCAACGGAUCUAUGAAGUACCGCAGUAUGGAAUACAUCUCUGGCCCCAUCCUCAACGGAAAGUGUCCCCAGCAGGGCACCAUGGGGAACAUCCUCUCCUUCUGCGAAGUGGGUCUCAAGAUCUCCGGUCCAGCUCCUGUGGUGGGGCGAGCGGCUCUUCGGCUGCCCAGGACGCUGGUCACUGGCGUGCAAGCAACAGCCGCUGCCGCUCACACCGUUGCAUUCCUGGGUACCAGCACAGGAACCAUUAAGAAGAUCCUGGUGGCGUCGUCAGAGGAGGCUGCGGAGUACGAGGAGGUAGUAGUGGAUCCUGACUACCCUAUCCUGCCUGACAUGCGCUUCAGCAGCGACCGUCGCUUUCUCUACGUCAUCUCCACCAGCAAGGCGUCGAAGGUGAAAGUAGAGAGCUGCUCCUCCUACACCAACUGCUCCUCUUGUCUCGCCGCCAGGGACCCCUACUGUGGCUGGUGCUCCCUAGAAAAAAGGUGCACGGUGCAGUCAGCCUGCCAGAAGGCCACCUUCUCCUCCCCUCGCUGGCUCAGCUUCGGCUCCGGUCAGCAGUGUAUCGACUUCGAGAUGAUCCUUCCUGACAGACUACCCAUAGACCAGAUGGCUACGGUUCAACUGACGAUCCGGACGCUGCCGGAGCUGCCAGCAGGAGCCAAGUACCAGUGUGUGUGGGGAUCAGCGCCCCCUGCCGAUGCCCUGGUGACGGCCUCAGGACUCACCUGUAUGACGCCCGCACGCCCACACCGCCCAACCAUCCCCAUCCACCACGACCACGUGCUGGUGCCGCUUGCCGUGCGCUCCAGCGAGACCAACAAGGACUUCGUCUCCCGCAACUUUGCCUUCUACGACUGCGGCCGCCACAACACCUGCGGAAGCUGCGUGCGGAGUAACUGGGCGUGUUACUGGUGCGUCUACGAGAACACCUGCACCCAUAACGCUUCCUCCUGCAGGAGGACUGUCAUCUCCGGAGAGAAUAACCCAGCACAGCUGUUGACGCAUGGGUCUGGGUUCUGUCCGAGGUUCUGGACGGAACAGUCGCAGCUGCUGGCUGCUGACGGUGCUCGCUCAGAGUUGCAGCUGCUUGUGGAGAACCUGCCGGUGCCACGGGUGGGUCAGCUGGGUUUCCAGUGUGUAGUGAGCAUCGAGGGUGCCACCAUGCUGGUGGGUGCCAGGGUGGUCACUGAAGAAGAGGAAGAGGCACUUGAAGAAGCCAGCAGCAGCAGCAGCAGCAGUCCAGCCACCACCAUCACCUCCACCCAGCAGCAGCCACACCGGCGGGUGCAGCGGGUGCUGUGCGAACCCACGGUAUACCGCUACGAGUCCGCCGAGGGGGAGUACGAGGCUCGGGUCACACUAGUGUGGAACCGCGACCAUGUUGUGGAUGCACGCCUUCUCACUCUGUACAAAUGUGGUGUGUUGGGCGCGCACCGCGGCCACCACGACUGUUCCCUGUGUGUGACGCGACACCCGCGGUACCGAUGUACCUGGUGUGGCGCUGCCUGUAGAUACGCUCCUCACUGUCCCACCGUCCCCGGCGUCGCUGCGGCGUCUGCGGCAGCAGCGGUGCCGCCACCCACCGGAAGAGACCUGGACAUCGUAGCCAACGACGCUCGCCUCAGUCAGUGUCCCACGCCAAGGAUCGAUGUGAUCCAGCCGCUGGCGGGUCCCCUGGAAGGUGGCACUCUGGUGGCCAUCGAAGGCAGCAACCUGGGCCUGAGGGAGGAGGACGUUCGUGGACACAUCUUCAUAGGUGAUGUCCCUUGCCAUGUGCACGAAUACCACGUGUCCGUCAAGAUCCUGUGUCGCACGGGGCCGGCGCCGAACAGAGCUGCUGCAGGUUCUCAGAACCUGCACUUCCCCGUCAGCGUCACCACGCCAGCAGGAACCACCAAGUCCACCGUGAAAUUCACCUACACUAACGUGAGUGUGACGGGUGUGUGGCCGUCACAUGGACCAGUGUCUGGAGGAACUGUGCUCUCCAUCAGUGGUCGUUUCCUCAACGUGGGCUCCCAUGUCUCUGCUAAGCUCGACGAUCUUCCUUGCGUCGUCAACAAAACGCAGUCGUCAUCGCAGCGACUGGUGUGCGUCACGUCAAGGGCGUCAGCGUCUGGAGACGUGGGUGAAGAAGGCGAAGGUUUGCCCAGAAAAGUGCGCACGCUAGUGGUGACAGUGGAUGGUGCUCGACGCACUCUAAACUCCCCUUUCACGUACACGCCUGACCCAAGAGUACUCGAACUCAAGCCCCGACGAAGUCCUUGGAGUGGCGGACGCAUGUUGACUGUGCACGGCACGCAGUUAGACGCAAUUCAGGCGCCGCGCAUCACCGUGCUUCUGCAGGAUCGCAUCUUAAACUCGUCUGGGUGUCGAGUGCUGGGACCGGACCAGAUGGAGUGCCCCUCGCCGCCCGUCGACCGCAAUGCGCUGCUGGCGCUGCUGCGGGAGAGACGGGAAGCGCUCGAUGACCAGACUAACCCAAGAGCGCAGGCCAGAGUCUCUCAUAAAGUCUCAAGGUCUCCGCGUCAAAACUACGGGGAUUCCAUUGCCCUGGACGUAGGUUUCAUCAUGGACAACGUGGCUUCCGUCAGAAACCUGAGACACAUUUUGUCGUCCUCCGCCCGCUCACUCGUUUAUGUUCUCGACCCGACCUACAAGAAGUUUCCCAACAGCAUCAAGCUUUACAAGGGUGACACUCUGGUCAUAGAGGGCGAAAACUUGAACCUUGCUAGCGACGAGUCUGACGUCAACGUGACCAUCGGGACUCGCCAGUGCAAUGUGACAUCACUGGCACUGACGCAGCUGGUGUGUACACCCCCGGAGGUGCAGCCGCCUCCCACCGACGAGCUGGGUCAUGCCACCCAGCACGACCUGCCCUUGGUGGUCGUCAGGAUGGGUCAGAACCUUAGAUUUUCCAUCGGCUAUCUCCGCUACGAGAUGAUCAAGGAGUACCAGUUUCCACCCGAGGCGAUAGGUGGUAUGGCUGCGGGAGGGAUGUUCCUGUUGCUGGUGUCUAUGGUGAUCCUGGUGGUGUACAGACGCAAGAGUAACCAGGCUGAGAGAGAGUACAAGCGCAUACAGAUCCAGAUGGACACACUGGAGUCCAACGUCCGAUCAGAGUGUAAACAAGCGUUCGCUGAGCUCCAGACGGACAUGACGGACCUGACGGCGGACUUGGAGUCUUCAGGGAUCCCAACCCUGGACCACCGCAGCUACGUCAUGAAGGUGUUCUUCCCCGGCGUCACAGACCAUCCCAUCCUCAGUGACCCAAAGCUGCGCAUGAACGGGUGUCGGCCUGCCAUGGACAGCGCCAUGAUCCAGUUCGAGCAGCUCAUCACUAAUAGAUAUUUCCUGCUGGCGUUCAUAGAGUCGCUGGAGGCGCAGAAAACUUUCAACAUCAGAGACAAAGUGAAUGUGGCAUCACUGCUGGUGGUGUCGAUGGUAGGACGUAUGGAAUACCUGACGGAGAUCCUGAGACUGCUGUUGCUGCGUCUCAUAGACAAGAGUGUAGCUACCAAGCAUCCUCAACUCAUGCUUAGGAGGACGGAGAGCGUUGUCGAGAAGAUGCUGACCAACUGGAUGACGCUGUGCAUGUACACCUACCUCAAGGAGCAGGCAGGUCCUUCACUGUUCCUGCUAUACAAGGCCAUCAAGCACCAGGUGGAGAAGGGUCCUGUGGAUGCUAUCACCCACGACGCCCGCUACUCCCUCUCAGAGGAGCGGCUCCUAAGAGAACAGAUCACCCACUCCCACGUUACCAUCCACUUGGUGCGUGACGACCCACAGUACGACAAGAUCCCCUACACCAUACCAGAAUGUGUGGCAGUGGUGGGGGAGGACGGAGAGAAGGCACAACGAAGAGUCUUGGAUUGUGACACCAUCACACAGGUCAAAGGGAAGAUCCUGGAUGCUCUCUACCGCAACACUCCACAGUCUCUGAGACCUUCCGUCCACGAGGUCGACCUAGAGUGGCGCCACGGUCGCAACGGUCACUUGAUCCUUGCUGACGAAGACAUGACGACGAAGGUGGAGAGCAGCGGAUGGCGACGCCUCAACACACUGGCUCACUACGGUGUGAAGGACUCUGCUAUCAUGGCUCUGGUCCACCGACCACACGACCAUCACACACUCAACAAUGCCAACUGCACUACCAAGUGCAACAGCUGUGCUGGCUAUGGGAUGACCGGCUCUGGAAGCCCAGUUAGCCACUGUGGAGAUGGAGAAUCCAACUCUCUGGAGCCCAAUGUCUAUCCUGUGAAACCCGUGGAUCACGACUCACCAUGCAGGGGUGGUGAGCGCACACACAAGGCCAUCCCGGAGAUCUUCCUCACUAGACUCCUCUCCACGAAGGGCACCGUCCAGAAGUUUGUUGACGACUUCUUCAAAACCAUCCUCAGCCCUAACGAGACACUGCCUCCAGCUAUCAAGUGGCUGUUCGAUCUCUUCGACGAGGCUGGUCGACGCCACGGCUUAGUUGAUCCCGAGGUAGUCUUGGCCUGGAAGUCCAACAGCCUUCCGCUGCGCUUCUGGGUCAACUUCAUCAAAAACCCGGACUUUAUUUUAGACGUGCACAAGAGUCCCACAGUUGACUCAUGCCUGUCAGUGAUCGCCCAGACUUUCAUGGACGCCUGUUCCACCACAGAACACCGCCUUGGCAAGGAUUCGCCCUCCAACAAAUUGCUCUUUGCCAAGGACAUCACCCAGUACAAGGCGAUGGUGCGGGCGUUCUACAAUGGGGUGCGAACCAUGCCACCUGUAACCGACCAAGACAUGGCGGCCUACUUGCACCACCUGAGCCUCAACCAUCUGGGACAGUUGGAUGCCAAGCCUGCCCUCCAGGAACUUUUCCACACGUAUAUUACUAGAUACUAUGUACAGAUUAUUGAAACUCUUGAGGUUGAUCCAGACUGCAGAAGUUUACAUUUAGCACAUAAAUUGGACAAUGUGAUGUGCACUAUAAACGGGGAACCCACAUCCAUGUGCUGAGAGCUGCUGAGCAUGGCGAGGUUGUCUGGUGGGGGGCACAGUAGCCGCUACCAUGGCUCUCAGUGGCAACGAUGGCUGUCACCAAUGGUGGAAAUGACGGCUCUCAUAGAGGCUGCCGCCACUGGUGGGAGAGACAGCUGUCCUAAAGGCUCUCACCAUGACUAGGAAAACAGUGGCUGCCUCCUUAGCUCUUACCGUUAGUGAGUAAUGACUGAUGCCACCAAAGUUCUCACCAUUGGUGGAAACAACAGCUGCCACCAAAUCUCCCACCUCACACAUGCCAGUAGUUUCCGGUGGUUGCCUUCUGUAUGACUCUAAUCUCAUUGCUGUUACAUACUUGCCUAGUUCCUAGCCAAAGAGUAGGUGUACGAAGAUAAUAGAAAGUUAUUGUGUUGGAGUCCUUGUUAUAAAGAAGAGGGAAAAAAAAAACACUUGUCAUAACACUGCAUGAUUCCUUCCAGUUAUGGUUCGUAUCUGACGACGUUGGUUCGUUAUAUAGAAUUGUGUACGUGUUUCAUCUGCUGUACUUAAUCAAAUGUCUGUGAUUUUAAAGCGUAGAGCAUUCCAGUGCACAAGUUGAUACUGGAGACGAGUGUUUUCUGUCUUGUGCCUAACUCGUGCUGUGUGUGUGUGAGAGAGAGAGUGUGUGUGUGUGUGUGUGUGUGUGUGUGUGUGUGAGUGUGAGUGAAGGACAGUGUUAGAGAAUCACAAUAGUGUGUCACUUAGUGAACAAGUUAAACAGUUGGGGGAAAAACUCUGAACAGCUAUCCAGACUGUGUUUCAGAGGAAGCAAAAGACACUAUUGAAUCUGAAAAAAAGAUAAACCAAGGUUUUAUGAAAAAGUUGAAAGUAGUGCAUUAAUACACGUGAGACGCUUUACACAAAUAUCUUCUGAAUCUCAACUCCAAAGUGGCCUGCAAGUGCUAUAUAUUGUGCAUUUUUUUUGUUGCAUUUACGCUGUGUGCGUAUUUUGUACUGUUCUUCACUCCAGCUCUCCUGCUGGCUAUCUGGCUGACAGCUUUGCAGGCAGUGCAGGCUGACAGACUGCCAAUUCAAGGUGAUGUCUGACGAUCAGGAGCCAAUAUCAGCUCACCUUCCCUGCCGUCUGAAUGGUGCCAGCCUAUCACGUAGAAUGUAAAUGUCUUGCCUUUUAAGACACGUCAAACAAGCCGAACUGCAUUAUGUGUUAAUAUAUGUGAAUUAAGAGUGCAGAAAACAAAAAAAUGCCCUAAAACUAACGAACCUUUGUUAAAAUGGCUGUAAUGUAACUUAGUAAUAUUUAACCUAAGGUCAGAAUAAAUUUAGUAUAAUUUAUUAUUGACAAUAUAAUAAUUAACUGCACGGCUUGUUUGGCAGGACUAUGCUUGCUGGUUAAGCCAAGUCGGCAGGUUCAGCUUAAAAAGUAUGACAUAAACACGUAAUAGACUGAGCACACUAUUUUCUCUGAAGAAGUAGCAGAGCACCAGCGUGGGAGAAAGUGGAUUUAAAAGUGACAGAUGUAGCUGGUGUGUCGACGACCCCAGCUGCUGCAGUUCUACCCUGGGGAAGGAUGGGGGUACCAAACAUUCCAAGGUACUUGGGUAGGCCAAAUCCCAGAGAUUACUCACCCACAUGACAAAGUGUUCCAUGACAUACCAGUGUUAUAUUUGUACAUGCGAUCAUGAAGAAAAUAAGACUAGAACAAGGAAAGAGUAUAGCUAAAGCUGUGAAAAAUACAAUUCUUUUUCACGCACAGAAGCGAGGAACAGAGCUAAAGCUGUGACGAUCAGGGAAGAAAUUGCUGAGUGCUGUUUUCCCCACGAUGGUGAGAGCCUCUGUCACACCUCCCUUGCUGCUACUGCUGCUGCUCCUGCUACUGUGAGCGGUGCAUACUCCGUGACUAAACGAUGCUACACAAUGUUCGUCCUAACUUUCCCAUGCUCCUUCAAAGCUAGUCAUCUAUGUUCAUGUCCCAAGCUUAGGCACGCCACCAGUGUCACAGACCGCCGCUCUCGCUCCUUGUAUCCACAAGAGCUAAUAAAUCUGAGGGGGCCACGCAACUCCUGGCGAAUGGGAGGCAAUCAAGUUCGAAUCGAGGGAGGCGAGGAGGGUUUGCAAGUCCUCGGCUUUGGAACCCAUCACCCAUAUAAAGGCACUCCAUCCUUGUAGCCCCACGAAUUCAGAUUCUCCAGAAGUCAUCAGGACAAAGCUGAAUGGUGGGUUGUUUUGUGUGCAAGAAGUGCAGCUGUUCGUGCAGGGUAUGGAGAAAGACGCGCUGCAAAGAAUAAGCCUCCAUUACAACAUUUUAUUCUGUGAAGAGCUUGGUCAAACCGUGUGUAAAGAUGUAUCAUGUUGUGUAGAGCUUUAUCACAUCAUGAACAAGCUUUCAGUUAAAGUUCUAUAGAGCGAAACGUGGUCACAAUAAAAGCUUGUUCUACCACGUCUCUCCUCAGCAUCGUCGGGCAGUGCACUGCCUGUGCACCAGCGGUCCGUGAAGCUGUUGAUGCUGCUGUACGCUUCACGUUAUAAAAAAAAAACACUUUUCCACAUGUUAGCCAUAUUGAUUAUUUUUUAACGUAGCCAGAGAUUAAGACUGAUUCCAGACAGUCGCAAAACGCCGACGCUCUCGGGAACAUAACUAUAUUAUGAAGUGAGCGGCAGGUGUUUGGGAAAUGUCACACCUCCAUCAUUCACGUCCUCAGCUCGACUCAGAGUCGACAUUCAUGCCGUUCAUUUAUACAACAGAAAGAUGUAUUCUUUGAUAUUUUAUGGGUGUGCUUUAUCUUGAAACUCUUCAUUUCACAUUUUAGAUGGAAAAUAUAGAUAUGACGUUUUCUUGUUUUAAAAGGACCAGUUCUCCGAGUCAGGGCUUGCGUUAGGCUGAUGUCAAGUUGUGUUUUACUGGGACGAUCGUGGUGAAGAGCCGAGCUCAGUGUUCUUAAUUCUCCUCGGUGACUACACAGGAAUACUGAGCUCACUGGAUCAGGAAUGGGAAGUAAUCGAAGUUUGAUCUGAGGAAGGGAAGGACAGCUUUCAGGGCUCAAGAGCCCUUCACCAGUAUCAAGGAACCUCUUCCCUCCGUGAAGGGCGACCACACACGAACAUCACAAUAUAGCAAGCCUUGUACUGCAUCCCUGAUGAACCAAGAAUGAUAGAUCAGUUUUUGAGAGUCACAUAAUAUACCGAUUCUCCUUAUUAUAUUUCUUUUAAGGGGAAGAAAAAAGAUGCCUUUAUUUAUCUCUUCUGUGUACAGUCAGUAGAAAUCCCAAAUUAUGAACAAUUUGUUUUUUAAUGUUUGUAAAGCAAAAUCUCAGUCCCAGUGUACGUUAGUUGAUAACAUUUGGAUAAUCAAAUGCCAGUUGUAUAUGGUGGUGUAUUUUUAUAUAAAUAAUGCAGGUUUGUACAUACUGCUAAAUUUUAAGCUAAUAUUAUGCAAAUAAAUACGAAAAAAAGUGUGCUUAUACUC